AUGGCCAGUACGGAGGUGGCUACGCGUUUGGUAUCAUUGUUCGAAGGCACUUAUAUAAAUUGCUCUGAUGAAGUUUAUGGACGCCUCUUAUAUGGACACGGCGCGAAAUACGUUGAUUUUGUUCGUGAGAAGUUGCGCGGUAAAGUUGUCAUCGAUGUCGAUCUCUUGCGAGAACGAAUCACAGUAGUCGGAGAACAUGCUUUCAAGCUGAACGAAGUGAUUACUCUUGGACCACCGCGCUAUUUGUUCUACAUGCGUGACGUACUAUGCUUCGGCGUCGGCAUAGACAGACUGAGGGAGAUCUGCGGUGGAGCUGAUUUGGAAUUCGUUGACAAUGUGGGCAUUCAGUUCUCCGGGACUCUAGAACAGUACGAACUGUUGACAAAUUAUCUGGAAGAGGUUGACGAACGGCUUGUGAGGUCGAGUUCCACAACGAAUGUCUCCUCAAAACCAACUUGUCCUGUGUGUUUAUCACCAGUUAGCAAUGCUUUUUAUUCCCUCGAAUGUGGUCACUACUACUGCUUGAAGUGCAUCACUUUUCAGGUGUCAACGAUGAUCAGGAACAGACAGCUGCCCAUACGGUGCGUUUAUGAUGACUGCGAAAAGCCCGUUGCUGUCAGUGACCUCAAGGAGCUCAUUCUUGGAGAAGAGCGUCUCCCCUGGCUAAGCGUUGAAAAAUUGCGACCUUUGAUUGACUGCAGUCUUGAUUGUAUUAUCCGAAAACAUUCGCAUUUAAAGCGGUGCCCAACUCCUGACUGCUUUGGUUUUUUCGAUGUUUCUGGAAAGUCUGGCGUGUUCCAGUGCGAAUCAUGUAAGAAAGAGAGAUGCACAGGCUGCAUGUUGGAACCUCAUGAAAAUCUGACAUGUGAAGAAUAUUCUAGACUCAGAACUGAUGGCGUAGCUUCACUCAAGGCGUAUCUCAGCAAAAAUGAAGGCAAAGCACGUGAAUGUCCAACUAAAGGCUGUGGUGCCAUCAUUGAAAAAGGCGAAGGAUGUUACCAUAUGCAGUGCACGAUGUGCAAUAUUCACUUCUGCUGGCUCUGCGAUUAUACGAGUGAUCAACAAUCCAAAAUCUAUGGACAUCUGCGAGAGAACCAUGGAGCUAUCGGCGCAGAAUGGCCUGUCGAUCUCGAUAUGCAUCCAAACUUCCAAAGGCUCUUCGCACCAGCCCGCAGACUCGGCUUCAUCGAGGCCGAAGACAUACCGGACGACGUGGACGUGGACGUCGCGUAA